AUGGAAGAACCCAUGGUGCAGAAGCACCUGGAGAGCCUCCAGAGCUCCUGUGGGAAUGGCCUGGAGACAGGAGCCCUGCAGCGCCUCACCAACCUGCUGCUGGUGGAAGGCCUGACUGACAUCCAGCAGAAGGAGCACGACAUCCUGCAGGUGGAGACCACCAAGGGCCUGCCCAGCACAUCCAAGAGCAUCCCCCUGGAGAAGCUGUUCCUGCCUCUGUCCAAGCUCAGCAUCCCCCCUCGGAUCUCCGUCACCGUCGGCGUGGCCGGCAUCGGCAAGAGCACUCUGGUGAAGCUGUUUGUGUGCAGCUGGGCAAAGGGGGAGAUCAGCAGGGACAUCCUGUUCGUGCUGCCCCUCACCUUUAAGGAGCUCAACACGCACGAGAAGCUCUCUGCUGAGCGCCUCCUGAGCUCGGCCUGCCCCCCCGUCCCGGCCGGGGCCGCCCGCACCCUGCUCAUCCUUGACGGCCUGGAUGAGUUCAAGACGCCCUUGGAUUUCUCCAACGCAGCGGUUUGCACCGAUCCCAAGAAGGAGAUCCAAGUAGACAACCUAAUCACCAACAUCAUAAGGGGGAACCUGCUGCAGGAGGCUUCCGUGUGGGUGACGGCACGGCCGGCAGCGGCCGGGCAGAUCCCCAGCGGGCUGGUGGACCGCAUGACGGAGAUCCGGGGCUUUGGGGCUGCAGAGAUGAAGGACUUCUUGGACCACAUGUUCCUGGACAACAGAGAUCUGUCCAGCCAAGUCCUGCAGCACAUCAGGGCUAACAGGUCGCUCCACGUCCUGUGCACCAUUCCUGGAUUUUGCAGGAUUUCUGCCUCCUCAGUCGCUUAUUUCCUCAAACACAGCAGCGAUCAAUCCCAAGAAGCGUCUGUGGUACCCAGGACCCUGUCAGAAAUCUACUCCUAUUACUUUAAAAUGGCUCUGAGUGGUGACUGGCAGGAAAAGCCGAGAGAAGCCCUCAGGAUCGAGCAGGCUGUGAACACCAGCAAGAAGCUGGUGGGCAGCCUGGGCAGGCUGGCCUUCUCCGGGCUGCUGCGGAGGAAGCACGUGUUCUACGAGCAGGACAUGAAGGCCCACGGCAUCGACCUCUCCCUGCUGCACAGCUGCCUCUGCACCCGCCUCCUGCUCAAGGAGGACAUGCCGGCCUCCACAGCCUACUACUUCUCCCACUUGACCAUCCAGGAGUUCCUGGCAAGGAAGGAAGGAGACUCCUGGUCAGGGAUGCUUGGGGGCCAGACCCCUUUGUCAAGCCAGGGCAAGCAAACCCCAGGGCAGGUGGCCACAGCCCCUGGCCCUGCUGUGGGAGCAUCCUGGCCUCGCUCUGUGUCCCACAGCCUCCAGCACAACUCCAUCAAGGAGGACGGCGCCGCCUUCCUGGCCGAGGCCCUGCUGACCAACCACCGGCUGCUGACCCUGCACCUGCAGAAGAACGCCGUGGGAGCCCAGGGAGCCCGGACCAUGGCUGAGGCGCUGAAGCAGAACUGCAGCCUGAGGGAGCUGAUACUCUCAAGCAACUCAGUGGGAGACAGCGGCUCCAUUGCCCUGGCUGAGGCUCUGAGGGUGAACCACAGCCUGCAAUGCCUGGAUCUCCAGAGCAACUCCAUCAGCAGUGCAGGGGUGACAGCGCUGACAACAGCUCUCUGCUCCAACAGGGGACUCCUCAGCCUCAACCUCAGGGAGAACUCCAUCAGCAGGGAGGGGGGCCCGGCCAUCGCCCGCGCCCUGCGCAGCAACAGCACCCUCAAGAAGCUGGACCUGGCGGCCAACCUGCUGGGUGACGACGGGGGCCAGGCCAUCGCCUCGGCCAUCGGAGAGAACCGGGCUCUCACCUCCCUCCACUUGCAGUGGAAUUUCAUCCAGGCCAAAACAGCCACAGCCCUGGCACAAGCACUACAGUCCAACAGCAGCCUGGUCAGCCUCGACCUGCAGGAGAACACCAUCGGCGACGAGGGCAUGGCCGCGCUCUCGGCUGCACUGAAGGUGAACACCACGCUGGCAGAUCUGCACCUGCAGGUGGCUUCAGUUGGUGCAGCUGGUGCCCAGGCCCUGGCAGAAGCCUUGAUGGUCAACAAGAGCCUGCAAGUCCUGGACCUGCGUGGGAACUCCCUGGGCCCAGCAGGGGCCAAGGCCGUGGCCAACGCGCUCAAGGUGAACCGCAGCCUCCGCUGGCUCAACCUGCAGGAAAACGCCCUGGGCAUGGACGGAGCCAUCUGCAUCGCCACGGCCCUCAAGGGCAAUCACGGCCUCACCUAUGUCAACCUGCAGGGGAACCUCAUCGGGGACUCGGGAGCCAGGAUGAUCGCGGACACCAUCCGGAGCAACGCGCCCGACUGCGUGGUGGACGUGUGAGGGACCCGGCUGCUCAGAGGGGACCGGGGUGCCCCUGCCCUGGGUGACUGCAGUGCCCAUCUCAGGGAUGAGAACUGGGCAAGGACAGUUCCUGAGCUCCUGGAACAGCCCAGGAGGACCGAGGGCAUUGGAUCAGGAGUGCAGGAGGGUCAAGACUCGCGUUGAAAGCUGAGGGAUGCGUGUGCCCAUGUCUGUGUUCAUCCAGGCCCUGGGGGAGCUUCAGGGAAUGGGGAAAAUGCAAAAAGGAGUGAGGAGGGGCAGAUGCCACAGCCAGACCUUGUUUUUGUGGGGGUUUAUCUGUUGGUUGCAGCAACUCCUCCUGUGCUUUGUCACUCCUGGCUAAAAGCAGCCCAGUCCAGCAGGGUCCUCUGAAAUCGCAGCUGGACACAGAGAUUUGCUGCUGCCUUGCUCAGGUGGGAGUGAUGCUGUGCACCUGGCACUCCAGCAGGUCCUGGCUGGUGCUGUGCCCUCAGUAACAGGCUGGCACUGGCCAGACACACCUGCAGUGUUUGGCAGAGCUGUUCUCUAACAAGAAGAGGUAACCCAAGGCAUAGGAGUGGAACCAUCUUGGAAAAUAAAGAGUCCUCAGGAAAAUGGAGGAGUAAGAAGGGGAAUGUAAGAGAACUGCACUGCCUGAGGGUGGGAUGUCUCCAGUACAUCUUGGUGCUACACCAGGACUGCCUCACUCAAACUGCUGCCUCUCAGCCUCAGGCUGGAGCUCUUGGACCUCCUGCUGCUCUCACGGUGUUCUGUGACCUUGUGACACAUCCUCCUGAUGUCCCAGCUGCAGGGUCUGUCCCUUGCAGGUCACCUUCUGACCAGGAGAGCAGAGGUGGUGCCUUUGUGUGUGUGGCAGGGACCCAGUGACUCCCAGAGGUGCCGGGUUUGCAGGUGACCCAGCAGCCAAACUGUGAACCCUCAGAGCCCCUGAAGCCACUGUCCCCAGGCAGGACACUCUGCCACACUCAGGGCAGCCAGUGGCUAUGCAGGGACCUGGGGGCUGAUCCCACAGACACUGGGCUGAGCUCUGGAGAUGUAAAUGCUUGGGAAUAAAUUCAUUUCUGGAUGAGAAGAUGCUUUGUGCAGCCUUGCUCUUGCACUGCAGGACAUUUGGGACGGGCUGUGCUCCCCUGCCCUGGCUGAGAGCUCAGGUCUCUGGCACCAGCAGGGCUCUGCCACCUGCCUGCUGGCUGUGCUGGAGGCUAGGUGGCACUGCUGCCUGGAGAGAGAGGCUCUGGCUCUGUGCACACCAGCUGUGGAGUCACUUUUUCAUUUACAGGAAAUAGAGAACUGUGACUCAAGCUGCAGCCCUGCUCUCGGGGGUCAGAUCAUCACAGAAUGGUUGGGUUG